CGACCACGCCCCCUCGGCGUGACGUCAGGCAGAGCCUCCCGUGAGCCCUUGCGCCGGCAGCUGUUCGCGGGUGUCCAGGGUGCGGGGACCCGGGCGCGUCAUGGCUGCUCACCCUCCUCACCCUCUAGACUCCGAGCAAGCCUGGCUUGAGAAUGCCCAGGCCUUCAUCCACAAGUCCCUGUGUCCGGCUGGCGAGGAACCCAGCGUGCAGUUGACUCCGUUGGUAAUUGACUGUGUGAAGACUGUCUGGCUAUCUCAGGAAGUGAACCAUGGAUUUACAUUGCCUCUCAGCUACAGCUUUGUCUCCGUUCAGGACCUUAAAACCCACCAACUCCUCCCAUGCUGCAGUCAUCUGUCCUGGAGCAGUAGUGCAUACCAGACUUGGGUCCAAGAGGCUGAACCCAGUGGGACCCCUCUGCCCCGGGAGCGUCUGCUAUUUUUAGGAACAUUAACAGACCUAUCAGAGAACUUGGAACAAGAGGGCAGAAAUGGGAACCUCUAUGUGAAAGAUAAUACUGGUGUCCUGGCUUGUGAGCUUAUAGAUCUGGACCUUUCUUGGAUGGGCCGUCUCUUUCUGUUCCCCAGUUGGAGUUACCUUCCUCCUGCCAGGUGUAAUUCCUCAGGAGAAGGACACUUGGAGCUGUGGGACUCCCCUGUGCCAGUGUUUCCCAUGACAACCAGUCUUGACUGUGCCACUCCUCUUCAUGUUCUCUACCCAAAGGCUGCUUCCUAUGUGCUCAGGCAGAGAAGAAAACUCAAAGAUGUGCCACCAAAUUUGGCUGGGACCCUGGUUCGAUUAAGUGCUCUAGCAAAAAGUCAAAAAGAAACUUACUUCGUCCUCACUCUGGGUGGAUCGCCCCUAUCUGGCAGCCAAGCUGCUAGCCAUGUGUCCAUCAUUGUGCAGGUCCCUGCCCAGCUGGUGUGGCACCGAGCCCUUAAGCCUGGUAGGGCCUAUGUGCUGACAAACCUGCGAGUUUCCAGAGUCUCUGGUCAUCCUAACCGUGUUUGGAGGACCAGUCCCUCUUCCCACCUGUUGCCACUGAGACUGGAGUGUGUGCAUGAGUGGGACCUGGAGCUGGAUAGACCCCUCUCGGAGGCUGACUCCAGACCACUUCCCAUGCCCAGAAACUCCCGAAACAGAAAGGAACAAAAAGAUCUUGUCCGGGACUCCAGAGUAUUAUCAUAUAUGGGAAUGGUCACUGGUGUGCUGAACGAACCUGCAGGCCUCUUUGAGCUGGACAGACAGCUGGAGCUCUGCCUUGCCUACCAGCAGUUCCCUGGCAUCAGGCAGGUGAUACGGCCAGGAGUCAGUCUGGAGCUCCAGGAUGUUCACCUCCUCCAGUCAUUGGGUGGAGGAACAACAAGGCCAGUGCUAGCCCCCUGCUUCCGUGGUGCCGUGCUACUUCGGGCCUUCUCCCGUCUGAAGCCUGAGAUUCAGCCUUCGCACCAAACCCAGGGGGCCUCCUUGUAUAAGCAGCUACUGUGGGAACGUCAGUUAGCACUUCCUCUCUACCUGUGGACUGUCAAGGCCCUGAUGGAGCUGGCCCACAAGCUAUGUCCCCAUGUGCUGAGACACCGACAGUUCCUGCAGCAUUCCUCCCCUGGGAAUCCCAGCCUGGCUCUACAACUCCUGGCUCCCAACUUGGAUGUCCUAGCUCCACCCUGCAGCCCCAGUUGGAAUCCACAAAAAGUGAUCCUUGGAGAGCCUCAUCACUGCCCACUCCAGAAGUAUACUCGACUGCAGACUCCCUGUUCUUUCCCUGCACUAGCCACUGUGGUUAAGGAAGGGGAGCGCAGGGCCUGGGACGCGUUUGAUCCUCAGGCCCUUCUGCCCCUCCCAGAGGCCUCUCACUUAACAAGUUGCCAACUCAAUCAACACCUGUCCUGGUCCUGGCUCCGUCUGCUGCCCUCUGCUUUCCAGCCCCCUCAGGUUUUACUUGGAGUUCUAGUGGCUUCAUCUCAUAAAGGCUUUCUGCAGCUUCGGGACCAAAGUGGUUCCCUCCCCUGUCUACUUCUGGACAAAGACUCAAGACCCUUCAGUGAUCCCCAAUUCAUAGGUGUUGUGGUGCGAGUAGAGAGGUUCCAGCUGAUCAUAGAAAGAAACGUCAAAAGCAGCUAUCCUUCCUGGAAGGAGCUGAGCAUCACCAGCUACAUACAGAAGCAGAAGGCCAGAGUGUACGUCCAGUUCUUUCUGGCCGAUGCCCUGAUCCUGCCAGUGCCCAGAUUCUCCAGCCCCUUAUCCACGUCCUUGACAUCUCCUCGGACAAAACCCACCCUCCCAGAGGAUCUCCACAUAGCGCAGAGCCGGCUGUUCUUCCUGUCCCACAAGGAGGCGCUAAUGAAGAGGAACGUUCCACUCUCCCCAGCAGGCAGUUCAGAGAUGCCCAAGCUCCCCCUCAGUUUCCUUGUAUCAGGGAGCUGGCUUGGAGGCACCCAGAGGAAGGAGGGAACUGCAUGGAGACCAUCUGAACCCAAAGGAGACAAUAGCAAGGAUCAAAAGGUCCUCCUCCUCUUCGUUGGCUCCUCGGUUCGCUGGUUCGAGUUCUUGCACCCAGGGCAAGUGUACCGACUCGUGGCUCCUGGCCCGGCUACGCCAUUGUUGUUCGAGGAGGAUGAUCCAUCCUGCAUGUCUCAGCGUCCUCUGGAGUUGGCUGGCUGUACAUCCUGCCUCACUGUCCAGGAUGACUGGAUUCUGGAACUUGAGAGCUCUCAGGACAUCCCAGAUGUGCCAAGUGUCAACAAGGCUGAAACCUCUCUGAGUGACCUGUUCAGUAGCAACUGUUCCGAUUCCUUGGUGUCUUUCUCAGCUGAGAUUUUGUCACGGACACUGUGUGAGCCACUUUCUGCAUCUCUCCAGAUGAAGCCCGGGAACGCUCAGGUGGCUAGAGAAUGUGUGAAGCUAACUGUCGCUCUGGAGAUUGCUGACUGUCAGUUCCCCCCUCACUUGGACAUUUAUAUCAACGGCCCACACCUGCCUCCCCCACUGGGACUCCUUCCUGGAGCCCGAGUCUACUUCAGCCAGCUAGAGAAAAAGAUUUCCAGGUCCCACAAUAUUUACUGUUGUUUCCGGUCAUCCACUUAUGUGCAGGUCCUGAGUUUCCCCCCAGAAGCCACAAUCAGUGUUUCCCUGCCCCACAUCUACCUGGCUGAACUUCUGCGGAGUGACCAGACCCCAUUCCAGGCCACUGCCUCUUGCCACAUUGUCUGUGUGUUCAGCCUUCAGCUCCGCUGGGUGUGUUCUCAUUGCACCAGCCUCUGUGUUCAGGGAAGGUGUACUCUUCAGGGUUCCACUUGCCCCAGUAAGACAUCUGUAAGUCAGGCAAGCCUCAGGCUUCUGGUGGAGGACGGGACUGCUGAGGCUGUGGUGACCUGUAGGAAUCACCAUGUGGCGACAGCUCUAGGACUACGUCCUAGUGAGUGGACCUCCCUUCUAGAGUUUGUCCGAGGGCCGGGGAGAAUAGCCUUGCAAUUCCUAGGGACUGGAGCCCACCUGGAACCCUCAGCCAAGAUGAAUGAUUCCUUAGCCCUCUUCCUCCGGACACUUUGUAGCAGCAUUUCUGUCCUCCGCCCUAUUGUACUUUCUUUUGAGCUUGAGAAGAAACCCUCCAAUAUCAUCCCAGUAGAUCCUCCUCGGCUACAGAGAUUCCAGUGUGGGGAGCUCCCUUUCCUAACUCAUGUGAAUCCCAAACUCCGGCUGUCCUGCCUUUCUAUCCAGGAGACUGAGCACACUAGCUUCCGAGAGGCCUCUGCCUUUUCCCACUAGCUUGAACUACAACAGUAACCUGGAAGUUCUUCCUGCCCUGCCCUGCCCCUGCCCUGCCCCUGCCCCUGCCCUGCCCCUGCCCCUGCCCUGCCCCUGCCCUGCCCCUGCCCUGCCCCUGCCUCUGCCCUGCCCCUGCCCUGCCCCUACCCCUACCCCUGCCCCUGCCCUGCCCGCAGGCCAGAGCCUAGCUCCAUGACCCCUAAAUCCUCUCAGUGACUGAACCUCGGAUCCCUGGAUUAAAAAACUACAACUCUCGCAGCGGUUGGUAGGUGGCGCAAAGCGCUAGGACCAGUUUAAGAAUCCCGGUUCAAACCUCCGGCUCCCCACCUGCAGGGUAGUUGCUUCACAGGCAGUGAAGCAGGUCUGCAAGUGUCUCUCUCUCUCCAUUUCUGUCUGUCCUAUCCAACAACGAAGACAUCAAUAGCAACAACAAUAUUAACUACAACAAUAAAAAAAAAAAACAAGGACAACAAAAAGGGAAAAUGAAUAAAUAAAU